CACCACCUCCUCCUCCCUCUCCUUUCCAACCUUCUUCUCCCGUUCCAACUCCCUCGCUUCCUCCCUCCAAGCCCACGCCGCCCUCUCCCCAGGCCAAGUUGCCUUCAUCCUCUGCCCAUCCACCCAUGACAUUCCCAUCCUAUACUUCGCCCUCCUCUCCCUCGGUCUCACCGUUUCCCCCGCCAACCCCUCCGCCACCCGAGCCGAGAUCUCCCGUUUUCUCCACCUCACAAACCCAUCCAUCGCAUUUUCCAUCUCAUCCACCGCCUCCAAGCUCCCCACAAACAUCCCCACCCUCCUCCUCGACUCCCCAACCUUCCGCUCCUUCCUCGAAACCGACGCCAACUUCCCUCCGCAUCGCCCAGCCAUCCAACAAUCCGAUGUCGCGGCCAUACAAUUCUCUUCCGGAACGACAGGCCACAUGAAGGCGGUCGCCCUCAAGCAUCGCAGCUUCAUUUCAAUGACGACUGGGUUCCACGCACAGCGGUCGAGUCGGGAUGGCCCAGACGUGACUCUGCUUACGGCGCCGAUGUAUCAUUCGCUGGGAUUCUUUUUUGCGUUGAAGGCGAUAGCGCUCGGGGAGACGUUGGUGGUGAUGGAGAGGGUGAGGUUUCCGGACAUGAUGCGGGCUGCGGAGAAGUACGGCGUUACGCAGAUAACGACGGCGCCGCCGGUGAUUAUGUGGAUGGCGAGGUCGGGGGAGAUGAUGCGGUACGAUCUGUCUGCGUUAAAAAGGAUAUUUUGCGGAGGGGCGCCGUUGCCGGAGGAAGCGGCGGAGAGGUUCUCGUCGAGGUUCCGAGGGGUCUCGCUUUGCCAGGGAUAUGGCUCGACGGAGGCAGGAGGGAUUUCUAGGAUGAUUGAUGCUAAAGAAUGCCUGCAAAGAAGGUCGGCCGGCCGCCUUAGUGAGAACGUUGAAGCAAAAAUUGUAGAUCCCCUCACCGGAGAAUCCUUGUCUGUAGGUCAGCAUGGCGAGCUGGGUCAACAUGGCGAGUUGUGGGUAAGAAGCCCUGUAAUCAUGAAAGGUUACGUCGGUGAUGAGGAGGCCAAUGCGAAGACACUUGAUGCCCAAGGUUGGUUGAAGACUGGAGACCUGUGCUCCAUUGAUGAGAACGGCUACAUUUACAUUGUAGACAGGUUGAAGGAGCUGAUAAAGUACAAAGCUUAUCAGGUUCCACCAGCUGAACUGGAACAAGUUCUUCAGUCUUUGCCGGAAAUUAUUGAAGCUGCUGUGAUCCCAUAUCCACAAGAAGAAGUAGGACAGAUACCUCUAGCAUUUGUGGUGAGGCAACCCGGAAGCAAGAUUAGUGAAUUGGAGGUCAUGGAUUAUGUUGCAAAGAAGGUUGCGCCAUAUAAGAAGAUACGCAAAGUUUUGUUUGUCAAUUCGCUACCAAAGUCUGCAGCUGGAAAAGUCUUGAGAAAGGUAUUGACUACCCAUGCAACGUCUGCUGCAGUAUCCCGGCUGUAAUACUUUUGGUGGAAGACCCCAAUAGGACCCUAACAUGUUUCUAAUGAUUGCAAAAUGUUACAUAAUGAUUUGCGGUUGUGUAUUCAAUCAAUCGGUCUGUAUGGAAUCAAAGAAACCAAGCUUAUAUAUGUCAGAAGUGUCAAUGAACAAAAAUAGUGCUGUUUUCAGAGCAAAUAUCAUUCCAACAUUCGUUUAAGAAGAAUGGUUGCUCUUUUUACAAAGCUGAAAUGAAAACGGUAGCUCUUUUUACAAAUU